CUCUGCAGCCCUAAGCUUAGCUCCCCCCGCUGGUGUUGUUUGCCACCAUCCUUAUACCCCUUUCUGCAAUGCUGUGGAACAGACUACUACUUUAUUUUUCAACCUAUAUUUUUUCUCCUUUUUCUGAAUGAAUUCAAACUGGAUUAUGUUGGAAAACCAAUAAGAUGCAUUACAUUAACUGAAUGGGAUUUUCAUUUUUCAUUUACCAGGUCACAAUUUUAUUAAUCCAUAUUUGAUUGUUUGUGCUUUCUAAAGGAAUUAUUCGAAGAUUUUCAUAACAAUAUGCUGGAAGCGUCUCUUGAAGGUGCAGCUGCUGUAGCUGAUCGGCUCAAUGGGAAUGUGGUACCUCCUUCACACCACCUUAAAUCCCAAGGGUUUGGAAUACUCAAGAAAUUGAGCAUUUCUGUAGAGUUUGUGGUGACCAUCAGCCUACUCUUUGCUUGGAUUUCUACAGGAUUUAUGAUGUUUGAUAUCAUAGGAUAUAAGGGGGCCCCUGACAUUCAAGAUGUCAUUUCGGAUCCCAUGAAAGCUGUUAGUGCUGCUGUAGAGGGAAUGUCCAGCAUGUUCAGUGGGGCUCAAGAAUUAGUAUUUGCUCCUGAUUGGACUCUGGACCCCAUGGAUUUUAUCAAAGAUAUGAAACAUUCAUUUGUGGACUACAUCUCUGAUAAUGAAGGAAAUUUUUACCUGAGCUACAUUGACCCAGUGAUUAUUGGCAGAGGUGUGUUCAAUGUCACCAAUAACUCUGUAUGUGGAAUUGUGGGUUAUAUACACAGCACACUGGGGGUUUCAUUUGAUGCCAUAUUGGAUUUCCUGCAAGCCCUUAUCUAUGCAGUCAGCAUCCAAGCAAUGGAAGUAGGAAAUGUUUUCACUGACUGGACAGCUUCUAAGAGGACAUACAUAUGGGACCUGCUGCCAGGUGUCAUUCCUGAGAUUAACUUUGACUCCAGCAAAGUGGUCACAGAUGCAGUGUUUGAGAUUGCAAAUAGGAAAAAUGUGUUCCUGGCUUAUCUGUCCAACAUGGUUAUUGAUGAUAAAGAUGAAACUACAGCAUCAGCAUCUGGUAUACAUGUGAUAAGGAAGAAAGGAGAGUUUUUGCCACCCCUGGAAAAAGUUUUCAGAGAAAGUAAACAGAGGAAAACAAGAGAAGUGGUAGUUGAAGAGGUUGAAGUGGACCUUAAAGAACAUCCUCACAGAGAAUGCAGGCCCAGGAACCCAGGCCAGAAGACACACUGGCAGUGCACUGAAGCUGAGGUUCUGAAAGAAAUACCUAAAGAAGAAAAGGAAGAGCCCAGAAAAAUCAAGGAACAAGUCAAACCAGAAUAUGCUAAAAAAGAAGCUGUGGUUCUGAAAGAAAUUCCUAAAGAAGAAAAGGAAGAGCCCAGAAAAAGCAAGGAACAAGUCAAACCAGAAUAUGCCAAAAAAGAAGCUGUUCUUCUGAAAGAAAAACCUAAAGAAGAAAAGGAAAAGCCCCGGGACACCAAGGAACGAGUCAAACCAGAACAUGCCAAAAAAGAAGCUGUGGUUCUGAAAGAAAUAUCUAAAGAAGAAAAGGAAGAGCCCAGAAAAAGCAAGGAACAAGUCAAACCAGAAUAUGCCAAAAAAGAAGCUGUUCUUCUGAAAGAAAAACCUAAAGAAGAAAAGGAAAAGCCCCGGGACACCAAGGAACGAGUCAAACCAGAACAUGCCAAAAAAGAAGCUGUGGUUCUGAAAGAAAUACAUAAAGAAGAAAAGGAAGAGCCCAGAAAAAGCAAGGAACAAGUCAAACCAGAAUAUGCCAAAAAAGAAGCUGUUCUUCUGAAAGAAAAACCUAAAGAAGAAAAGGAAAAGCCCCGGGACACCAAGGAACGAGUCAAACCAGAACAUGCCAAAAAAGAAGCUGUGGUUCUGAAAGAAAUACAUAAAGAAGAAAAGGAAGAGCCCAGAAAAAGCAAGGAACAAGUCAAACCAGAAUAUGCCAAAAAAGAAGCUGUUCUUCUGAAAGAAAAACCUAAAGAAGAAAAGGAAAAGCCCCGGGACACCAAGGAACGAGUCAAACCAGAACAUGCCAAAAAAGAAGCUGUGGUUCUGAAAGAAAUACAUAAAGAAGAAAAGGAAGAGCCCAGAAAAAACAAGGAACAAGUCAAACCAGAAUAUGCCAAAAAAGAAGCUGUUCUUCUGAAAGAAAAACCUAAAGAAGAAAAGGAAAAGCCCCGGGACACCAAGGAACGAGUCAAACCAGAACAUGCCAAAAAAGAAGCUGUGGUUCUGAAAGAAAUACAUAAAGAAGAAAAGGAAGAGCCCAGAAAAAGCAAGGAACAAGUCAAACCAGAAUAUGCCAAAAAAGAAGCUGUUCUUCUGAAAGAAAAACCUAAAGAAGAAAAGGAAAAGCCCCGGGACACCAAGGAACGAGUCAAACCAGAACAUGCCAAAAAAGAAGCUGUGGUUCUGAAAGAAAUACAUAAAGAAGAAAAGGAAGAGCCCAGAAAAAGCAAGGAACAAGUCAAACCAGAAUAUGCCAAAAAAGAAGCUGUUCUUCUGAAAGAAAAACCUAAAGAAGAAAAGGAAAAGCCCCGGGACACCAAGGAACGAGUCAAACCAGAACAUGCCAAAAAAGAAGCUGUGGUUCUGAAAGAAAUACAUAAAGAAGAAAAGGAAGAGCCCAGAAAAAGCAAGGAACAAGUCAAACCAGAAUAUGCCAAAAAAGAAGCUGUUCUUCUGAAAGAAAAACCUAAAGAAGAAAAGGAAAAGCCCCGGGACACCAAGGAACGAGUCAAACCAGAACAUGCCAAAAAAGAAGCUGUUCUUCUGAAUGAAAAACCUAAAGAAGAAAAGGAAGAGCCCAGAAAAAGCAAGGAACAAGUCAAACCAGAAUAUGCCAAAAAAGAAGCUGUUCUUCUGAAAGAAAAACCUAAAGAAGAAAAGGAAAAGCCCCGGGACACCAAGGAACGAGUCAAACCAGAACAUGCCAAAAAAGAAGCUGUGGUUCUGAAAGAAAUACAUAAAGAAGAAAAGGAAGAGCCCAGAAAAAGCAAGGAACAAGUCAAACCAGAAUAUGCCAAAAAAGAAGCUGUUCUUCUGAAAGAAAAACCUAAAGAAGAAAAGGAAAAGCCCCGGGACACCAAGGAACGAGUCAAACCAGAACAUGCCAAAAAAGAAGCUGUUCUUCUGAAUGAAAAACCUAAAGAAGAAAAGGAAGAGCCCAGAAAAAGCAAGGAACAAGUCAAACCAGAAUAUGCCAAAAAAGAAGCUGUUCUUCUGAAAGAAAAACCUAAAGAAGAAAAGGAAAAGCCCCGGGACACCAAGGAACGAGUCAAACCAGAACAUGCCAAAAAAGAAGCUGUGGUUCUGAAAGAAAUACAUAAAGAAGAAAAGGAAGAGCCCAGAAAAAGCAAGGAACAAGUCAAACCAGAAUAUGCCAAAAAAGAAGCUGUUCUUCUGAAAGAAAAACCUAAAGAAGAAAAGGAAAAGCCCCGGGACACCAAGGAACGAGUCAAACCAGAACAUGCCAAAAAAGAAGCUGUUCUUCUGAAUGAAAAACCUAAAGAAGAAAAGGAAGAGCCCAGAAAAAGCAAGGAACAAGUCAAACCAGAAUAUGCCAAAAAAGCUGUUCUUCUGAAAGAAAAACCUAAAGAAGAAAAGGAAAAGCCCCGGGAAACCAAGGAACGAGUCAAACCAGAACAUGCCAAAAAAGAAGCUGUUCUUCUGAAAGAAAAACCUAAAGAAGAAAAGGAAGAGCCCAGAAAAAGCAAGGAACAAGUCAAACCAGAAUAUGCCAAAAAAGAAGCUGUUCUUCUGAAAGAAAAACCUAAAGAAGAAAAGGAAAAGCCCCGGGAAACCAAGGAACGAGUCAAACCAGAACAUGCCAAAAAAGAAGCUGUUCUUCUGAAAGAAAAACCUAAAGAAGAAAAGGAAGAGCCCAGAAAAAGCAAGGAACAAGUCAAACCAGAAUAUGCCAAAAAAGAAGCUGUUCUUCUGAAAGAAAAACCUAAAGAAGAAAAGGAAAAGCCCCGGGACACCAAGGAACGAGUCAAACCAGAACAUGCCAAAAAAGAAGCUGUUCUUCUGAAAGAAAAACCUAAAGAAGAAAAGGAAGAGCCCAGAAAAAGCAAGGAACAAGUCAAACCAGAAUAUGCCAAAAAAGAAGCUGUUCUUCUGAAAGAAAAACCUAAAGAAGAAAAGGAAAAGCCCCGGGACACCAAGGAACGAGUCAAACCAGAACAUGCCAAAAAAGAAGCUGUUCUUCUGAAAGAAAAACCUAAAGAAGAAAAGGAAGUGCCCAGAAAAAGCAAGGAACAAGUCAAACCAGAAUAUGCCAAAAAAGAAGCUGUUCUUCUGAAAGAAAAACCUAAAGAAGAAAAGGAAAAGCCCCGGGACACCAAGGAACGAGUCAAACCAGAACAUGCCAAAAAAGAAGCUGUGGUUCUGAAAGAAAUACAUAAAGAAGAAAAGGAAGAGCCCAGAAAAAGCAAGGAACAAGUCAAACCAGAAUAUGCCAAAAAAGAAGCUGUUCUUCUGAAAGAAAAACCUAAAGAAGAAAAGGAAAAGCCCCGGGACACCAAGGAACGAGUCAAACCAGAACAUGCCAAAAAAGAAGCUGUGGUUCUGAAAGAAAUACAUAAAGAAGAAAAGGAAGAGCCCAGAAAAAGCAAGGAACAAGUCAAACCAGAAUAUGCCAAAAAAGAAGCUGUUCUUCUGAAAGAAAAACCUAAAGAAGAAAAGGAAAAGCCCCGGGACACCAAGGAACGAGUCAAACCAGAACAUGCCAAAAAAGAAGCUGUUCUUCUGAAAGAAAAACCUAAAGAAGAAAAGGAAGAGCCCAGAAAAAGCAAGGAACAAGUCAAACCAGAAUAUGCCAAAAAAGAAGCUGUUCUUCUGAAAGAAAAACCUAAAGAAGAAAAGGAAAAGCCCUGGGACACCAAGGAACGAGACAACCCAGAACAUGCCAAAAGAGAAGCUUUGGUUCUGAAAGAAAUACCUAAAGAAGAAAAGGAAGAGCCCAGGAAAACCAAGGAACGAGUCAAACCAGAACAUGCCAAAAAAGUCAAAUCUUUAGAUAAGAAGCUUGCUAAAGAAGAGAAGGCUAACGCAGGGCCUGUUAUAACAGACACCUUCACAGAUGACGAGAUGCCCUACUUCCAGUGUUUUUUUGUGGAUGAGGAUGAAGCCCAGUUUCCCUUCUACUCCUUCUCUCCAUUCCAGAUGUGAGAGACAUGCCCAGUGCAGAGCACAGUGUAGAAAACAAUGGGAUGCAUUUGGGUAAAGUCCUUAAAUAAUGACACUUACAAAAACGUAGCAAUGGCAUACGCUCCUGUCAUGUUGCAGUCUUGUGUCCAGUGCUGGUCUUUAAAAGAAACCUAGUAAACCAAAGUACAUAAAGUAACUGGACGUUUUUUUCUUGUUGAAUUAUAUGAGUGCUCAUGGACAAAAUAACGUGGGCUGCCAACAUCACUUCUGGUUGAGGUGUAGCAUACCAAAAUAAAUGUGAAAUACAGAGAAUCUGGAAUGGUACAAACACUUUGUCACAGCACUGUUAUCUUGUGCUUAGUGCAGAACAAGGAAGUCUAGGUCAUUGUCUGUCUCCUAAAUGUCAAUACAAUUGGCAAAAUACACAAUUCUUAGUGGGCUGUUAAACUACCAAACCUCUGCUACAUCAGUGGUUUCCAAAUUGUGAGGCAUGCCCCUUAUUGAGGGAUUAGUCGGGGUAGAGCGUGAAUUUUGUCAUCUUACUCUUACAGUCUCUUUCAUAGUAGAAUGCACCAGAGCAAUGUUUUAUAUUAGAUGCACAUUUUUUCUUGUCAUAUCAAUUAUUGCAAACCAUAGAGUGGUAUUUAAACCUUUUAAAAUCUCCAACUCAACUUAAGCUGUUUUGAGGGAGCAAGUUUUUUUUUUUUUUUUAUGUUUGAGGAACUUGAACAACAUUAAACACGGCAACAUUUUAGAAUUACAUGAACAGCAGCAUUAAAAUUACUGAAAUAUCCCCCUAAUGUUAAAAAGUAUCAACAAAGGUUUAAAUGUGAAAUAUUAUCUUUCCGUCAAACUAAAAGGUGUGACAUCUUUACGGCACUGCAUGUAAUCAUAGAAAUAUGCAUGGUAUGGGAUUUAUCCCAAUAAUGGAAGGUGGGCAAAGUGAAAACUUUUGAUACAAACAACACUGGCUCUUUACCUCCAUUUGACCUUUGCUUGAGUUUGUCUUGAAUGUUGUAUUCAAUUGAAUUUGAUGCACUUGUUUUUGCCACAAUGGUUGUUUUUGCCACAAUCUCUUGAGAUUCUUGGAGGAUCCUCUUUGUAUAAAUUUUUAAGUCUACAUUUAAAUUGAAAUAAGAAUGAUUUUCUUUCUGCUCAUGUUCACUGAUUUAGUGUCUCGUGAAGAUAUGGCGGUUGGAACCAAAAAUCUAAAUGUGGGUUUAUCAGACCAAAGGUUAGAUUUCCACCGGUCUUAUAUUCUGUAGACCCAAUUAAUGUGUAAUAAAGAACAUAUGCUGAUAUUCCAUAAGUAAUAAAGAUUUUAUGCUGA